GUUCUCGCAUCGAUUUGAGCGCAUAGAACCAGAGAAGAACAGAGAGACGGAAGACAACAAUGGCAGCCGAAGGAGACCUGAAGUUGCUAGGCUUGUCGGUGAGCCCAUUCGUAGUUCGUGUUCGCAUGGCGCUCCACAUGAAGGGCUUGAGCUACGAGUAUAUCGAACAGGACCUCUUCAACAAGAGUGAGCUCCUCCUCAAGUCCAACCCGGUGGAGACGAAGGUGCCCGUACUCAUCCACGAUGGCAAGACCAUACUCGAUUCGUCAGCCAUUGUGCAGUACAUCGACGAAGUCUGGGCCGCCAUGGGCCCGUCGAUCCUCCCCGUCGACCCCAAUGAGCGCGCCACCGCCCGCUUCUGGGCGGCCUACGUCGAUGACAAGCUAUUCUCCGCUUAUGUCGGCAUUAAUAAAGCGACGACAGAGGUGGAGAGGGAGGAGAAGGUUAGCGAGAUGCUUGCAGUGCUCGAGCAACUUGAGGAGGCAUUUGCCAAGAACUCAAACGGAAAGGCCUUCUUUGCCGGGGACUCCAUCGGGUACCUCGACCUCGCGGUCGGAUGCCACUUGCUCUGGCUCAAAGCGCAACACAAGAUGUUUGGCGUGGUGUUUCUAGACGCCGGCAAGACUCCGCUCUUAGAGGCUUGGGCGAAACGGUUCGCUGAGACCGACGCGGCGAAGGAGGUGGUACCCGACACAGGCAUGGUGAUGGAGUAUGCCAAGAAGCGCCAGGCUUAUCGUGCUGCUGUUGCUGCUGCGGCGGCGACUGCCAAGUGAAACGCUUCAGACCAGUGCCACUGAGUAUCGACUACCGAAGCAUAGCGAAAGCAAAUGAUCACCUAUGUAUUUGGGAGUUUAGUUUCCAAGUCUCUCCCAGAACUAAACACUUGCUCGAAACAACAAUGCUUUGUGAGGGGUAUAAGAAUGUGUUAUAUAUAUUGGCAAAUUUUAACAUUCUCA